UCACCACUCUCACAACAUCCCCUUCUCUUUCGCUUUCUCUCUUCUCUCUUCUCUCCAUUAACUUCUCUCUCGUUUUCUCAUACUCUCAACUUAAUAUGCCGUCGGAACCAAACCAAACCCGACCCACCAGAGUUCAGCCCUCAACGGCGGCUUACCCACCGCCAAAUCUGGCUGAGCCUCUUCCUUGUCCUCGCUGCAACUCCACCACCACCAAGUUCUGUUACUACAACAACUAUAACCUCGCUCAGCCUCGCUACUACUGCAAAUCUUGCCGCCGUUACUGGACUCAAGGUGGUACACUCCGUGACGUCCCCGUCGGUGGUGGAACUCGUCGAAGCUCCUCAAAACGUCACCGUUCUUUCUCCACCACUGCCACCUCCUCUUCCUCCUCUUCUUCCGUCAUCACCACCACGACACAAGAACCAGCCACGACUGAAGCGAGUCAAACUAAGGUUACUAAUUUAAUUUCAGGUCAUGGAAGCUUUGCUUCUCUGUUAGGUUUAGGAAGUGGAAAUGGUGGGUUGGAUUACGGGUUUGGGUACGGGUACGGGCUUGAGGAGAUGAGUAUUGGGUAUCUUGGAGAUUCUUCCGUAGGAGAGAUUCCGGUGGUUGAUGGUUGUGGUGGUGACACGUGGCAGAUUGGGGAGAUUGAAGGUAAAAGUGGAGGAGACAGUUUGAUAUGGCCUGGUCUUGAGAUCUCAAUGCAAACCAACGAUGUUAAGUGAAAAUGAAACCGUUUCUGAUUUCUUGCCUUUGUCUUCUUUUGUUGGUGUCUUUUUGGAAAUUUCUGUUUGUUUUCUUUUUUUUCCUAGAAAGAAGAGCAAAAGAAACCAAAUUGAAGCAAAAAUGUUUUUAUUUAUUUUAGUUUUUGAGGUCCAACAAUUCUGGUGUAUAAAUCCUCUGUUUAUGUGACGAACAUAUUGGAAUGGAUUUACAAGUAAAAAGUAAAAACGUUUCUUUCUUUUUA